CUCCUCUAUCCAGUGACUAGACGACACCAAGGGUGAACAGGAGGACUAAGAUAAGCAUUCGCCAGAAAGCUAUCACCACCCAGGGGCGUGGGACACCUCGUGCUUGCCACGAUGAACACCUCGCUGCCCUACCACGAGCCAGGCAUCGUGACAAUUCUUAUCCAAACUUCCUUUAUAUUUAUUCUCAAUAUCGUCAAUUCCAUUCUUGAUCAUACGCUAUACUGCGGCCUGUUAGGCCAGGUCCUCGUUGGCAUCGCCUGGGGGACUCCAGGAGCAAACUGGAUUUCAAUCCACACUGAAGAAGUCGUUGUUCAACUGGGCUAUAUCGGUUUGAUACUUCUUGUAUAUGAAGGCGGUCUCUCCACCUCCUUCAAAUCCCUAAAAGCCAAUUUCCUCCUCUCCAUCGCCGUCGCAAUCACAGGAAUCACCCUCCCCAUCGCCCUCUCAUUCUCCCUCCAAGGCCUCGCCGGCGCCUCUCCCCUCCAAGCCUUCGCUGCCGGUGCAGCACUUUGUUCCACAUCCCUCGGCACUACUUUUACAAUUCUUAGCACCUCCGGCCUCGCUGCCACCCGCCUGGGCGUCGUCCUCUCCAGCGCCGCAAUGAUGGACGACAUCGUCGGGCUGGUAAUGGUCCAGGUGAUCUCAAAUCUUGGUGGGUCUGCCACCACCAUCGCACCCGCCACCAUCAUCCGUCCCAUCCUCGUUUCUCUCGCCUUCGCAGCCAUCGUCCCAUUUGCGUGUCGCUUUGUGGUCAGGCCUGCAACACUUCUCUGCAACCAGCACCGCGAGUGUCAUCCAGCUGGGAUGACUCAAAGGGUGUUAUGUCUUAAACACACGGCGUUCAUCAUCCACAGCGCUGUGCUGCUGGCGUUGGUCACGGGCGCGAGCUACGCUGGAACUUCGAACCUCUUUGCGGCGUAUAUUGCAGGCGCGGUGGUUAGUUGGUGGGACGAUGAGCUACCGCAUCCAAGCCACGGUGGUCGCACCAAGAUUGCCGCAGAUCCGGCACCCCGCGAGAAUCAGACCACUCUCCUAGAGCCUACGAUGCUACAGCAGCGAACGCAGCAGAGUACUCCUGCUCAACCGCUACAGCUCACGACAGGUGCCCAGAUCUACGCGGCUUACUUCUACCAGCCUGUUGCUAGGGUGCUGAAACCCUUCUUCUUCGCGUCCAUCGGGUUUUCGAUCCCGAUCAGCCGCCUCUUCGCUAGCCGCAUUCUAUGGCGCGGGAUUGUGUAUACCAUCAUCAUGACCAUCGCUAAGAUGGUGUGCGGGCUCUGGCUUGUACGAAUCCCAUGGUCGGCGUUCGUGCCUAGCAAGCUACGCGCUUUCAAACUGAAGUCUAAGUUCCCCUCACUGCCUCAUCUGUGGGGGAAACGAGAGAAGACGACUACUCCUCCAGCCGCCUCCACGCCAGUUGCGCAAUCCCCCCAACGCGCCACCUCCCCCUCAGUGCCCCCGACCCCACCCAAACCCCUCUCCCUCUAUCCCCCGGCCAUCCUUUCCCUCGCCAUGGUCGCCCGCGGCGAGAUCGGCUUCCUCGUCUCCGCCCUCGCAGAGAGCAAAGGCGUCUUCUCCCCCACCUCGCUCCCUCAAGAUUACCCCACAGAUAUAUUCCUUAUCACCACUCUUGCUAUCUUCCUCUGCACCUUGGUCUCGCCUCUAUGCGUCGGGUUGCUAGUGCGGCGGGUGAAGAGGCUAGAGGGGAGGAGAGAGCGGGGCGCUACGAGUGUGCUGGGUGUUUGGGGAGUGGAGUAAGGAGAUGUGGAGGUAUUGAUAGAGUAGACCAGACUAAGAAACGGGAAAACGUUCAGCCCUGCGGAUAUAGGAAAUGAUCAAAUAGGUCUACAUAGAUGUAUAGAAUGGAUAG